AUGGUGAUCAAGCCGUAUGCCACUGAGAUUAGCUUAGAGUUAAUAAGAGCUAUCAGGAGGGUCUUCCUGCUGCCCGCUUGGCUCUCCUCAACUCUGGCCUUAUCAAAGGGAAAAACUGUCACUCCAAUAAACAAGAAAUUUGCCCCCGCCGACCGAAACGCUUUACUGCAUAAUGAGACAGGGCUCAAUUUCACCAGGCUGAGGUUGCAGUGUAAUGAAGGGCUCCUGGGAAUUCGCCGCAGCAUGUUCUCAGGAGAAGCGUGCAGCAUUCACACGCUAAUAACAUGCUCGAGCGAGCAGGGGUUACAGACAGGGACGCGGGAGCUGGAGGAGAUGGGAAUGAAGUUCAGCCAGAGUCUUCUCACCCUCAGGAGUAAUACCAUCCAUUAUAACAGCCAUCUGAUUCACCACACAUAUGCCCUGUUAGACGUGGACGACAGGCUACUCAACCACAAAUCCAAUAAUUGUUUCGAGGACGAUGAACCACCCUGCACGGAGGAGAUUGAAUAUUCAUCCUGCAGUGACCCAUUUGGUGCCAACGAACUAGACAUGGAGGUGAACGGUAACACAUCCAGUGAGGAAGAGGAUGAAGAAGAUGCAGAAAUCUGUAGGAACGGGAGGCGGUGUAAUGACAGGAAGUCUCAUCUCGUUCCUCACUGCUUGAAACAGGACGCCCUGGAGACUCUGACAAUCGAGGCUGGACAGUGUAAUGGCAUUGACAUCAGUAAUGGCUACUUACAUUAGGCCUCUUUUGUUUGUCUGUUCUGUUAAACCAAAACAUUUAGUAUUUAGUCCAAGAAACUAAAUAAGACAUGCACACCUGCAGAACAUUUACUAGUCCCUUUACCUGUGCUCCCUGAUAUAAACUAUUUGAAUACGCAUUGCAUAAUCCUAAUGGCGUGAUGAGCUCAUGCUUUGGUUAAUGCAUUGGGUUGGUUUACGAAUCGCUCUUAUUCUAAACUAGAGGCUGGUAGCUUGCUGACAAAAGUACUCUGCUGUACAAGUGGUCUUCUGCUGAAACUCGAAAGUAAACACUUGAUAUUGCAAGAUAGCACUGCAUAUAAAGUUUACCUUUAAUAAUAUGUAUUUAUUAUCUUAGAUUGUGAAAACCAGUAAUCAUGUAUGUUUUUAAGGUUAUUAGUUCCAAAGUGAUACAUGUAUGUUAGUGUAUAAAAAGUAACUGUAUGACUUAGUUUCGUGAGUGUAUAUGUGUGUGUGUGUGUGUG